AUGGGCGCUUUAUCGUCUUUUUUUAAGAAGAAGAAGAAGAAGAAGAAGAAGAAGAAGAAGAAGAAUUGGUCGGCAUGUACAUCGAUGCUGCUGCUGCUGCUGCUGCCGCCGCCGCUGCCCACAGUGCGCAACUCCACGGCGCGACCGCCUCGCGAAACCCAAAAGACCAUGCGCUCGCUCGCUCGCUCGAAGCACCAGACAAAUACAAGUACCGGUACCCUAGAAGCGCGUAGCGACGAGGCCUUUGCGCGGAUGCUUUUCCGAGCGAGGUCGGCGGGCGAGGAGACGGUACCCGAGAAGCCCGAUCUGUAUGUAGGGAGCUGCGGUAGCGUACCUACCGUGGCGGACCUGACUGCACAACUACCGUACGUAUUCGGGGGAGGGAGGUGUGCCCUUACGGCUUUUAAGGGAGGCAUGGAGGAUGGUUGUGAUGUCAACGCUGAGCUUCUGACCUUUGAUAAGAUCGUGAACUGGUUGGCUAGACUUCGAGGGAUACGGUGGAAGCAUGUCGGGAAGGAAGAUUUGGCGAUGUAG